CUCUGUUUCCUCUUUGUCAACACUUCUACCAACUGAUCUCAAUACUUCCUACGGCUUGCUUAUCACUCAUACCAUAGUCCGAUCAUCUCACCAAUAAAUACCUUUGUCAUGUCUUCCAUCACUUCUCUUAGUAAUUCCCUAUCCAAUUCCUUUAUCACUGACUCAAUUGAUACUGCUAAGACAACCCCCAUGGCCUCUCCCGCCAUGAAACCAAAUAUGUCUUACUCCUACUUGAACAACGACAACAUAGAUCAAAUGCAGCCACUUCCCAGAAAGGAAAAAGUCUCUUCUUUGUCUCUAUCCGACCAAUGGAACUACUCAAGUUUGACCAGACUAAACUCGUCCAUUGCCUCAAGAUCUAGAUCUUCUAGUAUAAUCUCUGCUGGUAUUUCAAGAAAUACUUCGAUAAAUAAGUCAAGAAUUCAGAAAAAACUGGUUAUUGACCAUCAAAGAGUAGCCUCUUAUGCCUUUUGUUUCGAUAUCGAUGGUGUUAUUGUCAAGGGCCCCGAAACAAUUCCCGAGGCUAAAACCGCUCUCAAAAUGCUCAACGGCGACAAUCCUUACAACAUAAAGGUCCCUUACAUUUUUGUCACUAAUGGUGGAGGUCGCUCUGAAAAGGCAAGAUGCCAGGAUUUAUCCAAAAGACUAAACGUACCUGUUGCUCAAAACCAAGUCAUACAGGGCCAUACUCCAAUGAAGGACUUGAUUAACGUUUUUAAAACUGUUUUGGUAGUCGGUGGUGUUGGAAACGAUUGCAGAAAUGUGGCCCUUGAAUACGGGUUUGAAGAUGUUGUCACUCCCCUAGAUAUAAUGAAAUGGAACCCAAGCGUCACUCCUUACCACACUCUUACUGAACAAGAGCUAAAAUUCGCUGAAGAUCGUGAUUUCAACAAUGUUAAAAUAGACGCCAUACUAGUUUUUGCUGAUUCCAGAAAUUGGGCUGCUGAUCAGCAAAUUAUUCUUGAAUUAUUGCUAUCCAGAAAUGGUUACAUGGGCACUGCCUCCGAUACUUUUGAUCAAGGCCCAGGCUUGUUUUUUGCUCACUCAGAUUUCGUUUGGGCAACUAAUUACAAACUAUCAAGAUAUGGUAUGGGCGCUUUACAAGUUUCUAUCGCUGCUUUGUAUAGAGAACACACUGGAAAGGAAUUAAAAGUUACAAGAUUCGGUAAACCUCAAAGAGGCACCUUUAGAUAUACUUCAAAGGUUUUAACAAACUGGAGAAAAGAUGUCCUUGAAGAGCAUGUUGACAACACUGACUCCCCCUUUAUCUCAGAUAUCUCAGACGAAGAUGAAGACGACUACUUUUCAACAAGUGAUACCGAUGAUGAACCUUUGACUGUUCAAGCCUUGUCAGGAAAAUUAAAACUAGAUAUUCCUCCUGCCUCAACUGUUUACUUUGUUGGUGAUACUCCAGAAUCAGAUAUUAGAUUUGCAAAUUCUCAUGAUGCUUCAUGGUUCUCGAUCUUGGUUAAAACUGGUGUUUAUCAAAAUGGCACUGUUCCUCGUUAUCAACCAAAGCAUACUUGUGAAAAUGUUUUAGAAGCUGUACAAUUUGCAAUCGAAAGAGAACAUGAAAAGGAACUAGCUGAAUGGAAUUUAACUAUGACUAGACCAUAAUUUCAAUAUUCAUUUUCAUUCACAAAAUUAAAAUAAAUUCAUUCGAUUCAUAUAACUUAGAUUAUACAUUUAUAAAGAAAUCAAAAACAAAGGAAAAUGAACAAAGAAC